UUUCCCAAUCUUUCUUCUUUCUUUUUUUCUACUUUCUCCUCAGAGCCAGCCCUGUUCGUUAUUUUUCUUUUUUUUUGUUUCGUUUCGUUCGGAACGCUGAGGCUGUGUCGUUGUUUUAGUGGGUGGAUGGGAACGACGUCGUGUGAGAAGAAGAGCGUCGUGUACGUGAGCUGGGACGAGGUGUUCGUGUCGAACGACAAGGGGAGGAGGGAGGUUCAUUACUUGCUUAAACGAAGAGGCGGUGGCUCGGAUCUGGCCGUUUUGGGAAAAGAGAAGAGCCUCCUCAGACACAUGUCGUAUCGCUACGCCAUUCGAAACGCCGCGUUGUUUAAGCCUUACUUGAAGCUCAGGUCGCGCAGAGAGGUUGUUGAUUGGCUGGAUUCAAUUGUUUCAGGGCGAGAUUUCCGCUGGCUGGAUCUGAAAUUGAAUGAUUCGUCUUCAGGGGAUGCGGUUAUGGUGGGAAAACAUGGUUAUGAACCUGAAAUUGGAGCCUUGAAGGACAAUCAAUUGCAGAAGAUGCACAGUUGUACAAAAGAGUUCUCAUGGAUAGGGUUGCCAUGGACGUGUAAGAAAAGAAGAAAGCACUAUCAGGCAUAUAAAAGAAAUGGUUUUCAGAUAUCCGUGCAUGAUUUUGUAUUUGUUCUGGCAGAAGAGGACAAGCGUUUAGUUGCCUACUUGGAAGACCUUUAUGAGGAUUCCAGAGGCAACAGGAUGGUUGUGGUGCGCUGGUUUCACAAAAUUGAUGAGGUUGGUAUUGCUUUGCCGCACAGUUUUAGUGACAGAGAGGUUUUCUUUUCUCUUUAUCUUCAAGAUCUGAGUAUUGAAUGCAUAGAUGGAUUGGCUUUCGUGCUCAGUCCUGGGCAUUACAAAAAGUUUCAGAAUGAGGCCUGUCGUACUCACUUGGAACCAUUCAUGUGCAACCACCAGUUCGAUAAUGAUGAUGUGAAACCCUUUGAUAUAACACGGAUUAAGGGUUAUUGGAAACAGGAAAUUCUCAGGUACAUGUAUGCCCAAUUGGACUUGAAGUCUAGUGGGAGUUCCGGGCAAUCUGAUGUUAGCCUGGAACUUGAUGAAAAUCAUACAUCUACUGCUUUUGUCAGACCUAAGAAGAGGCUGUGCCUUACUGAAGCAGCUGAUGCCAAAGAAGCAGCUGAUCUGGUUGGCCUUAGUACAGAAAAUCUGAAUAACAGCAAUACUGGAAACAAUUCUGGGAAACUGGUUGGGCACACAAACAAGACAGCAACCAUUAAAGGGAAAAAUGAACAUGCUUCACACCAUUUAAUUGUAGGUUCCCAAGUCGAGGUCCUCUCUCAAGACAGUGGGAUGAGAGGAUGCUGGUUUAGAGCUUCUGUCAUUAAGAAGCACAAAGAUAAAGUCAAGGUGCAAUAUCAAGACAUUCUGGAUGCGGUCGAUGAAACCAAGAAGCUUGAGGAAUGGGUUUUAGCUUCCAGAAUAGCAGUGGCUGACUGCCUGGGUCUUCGAAUGCGUGGGAGGACCAUGGUCCGGCCAGAUCCACCAUCCAACAAACGAGAAUUAUCGUGGGUCGGUGAUGUUGGUUUUGUUGUUGAUGCUUGGUGGCAUGAUGGAUGGUGGGAAGGCAUUGUUGUUCAAAAGGACUCCGAAGCUAAUUAUCAUGUUUAUUUCCCAGGGGAAAAAGUGGUGUCAGUAUUUGGUCCUGGUAACUUGAGAGUGUCUCAAGAUUGGGUAGGGAAUGAGUGGAUAUAUGUGAGGGAAAGGCCUGAUCUUGUGGCUUCUGUUUUAUCUAGCUUGAAAACAAAGCAAAAUUCCAAUAACAGCCAAUCAACUGGAGCAACCACCAGAGAUGUAAUACAAUCCGGGCAAUCAGAUACUUGCUUGGAUUCUGAUAAGGAUAGACCAAGAAAGCCUGAAGUGGUUCCAGACCUUUUGAAGAAUGAUUUGUUAUCCCAGUUAAGGUGGAAGACCACCAGAAAGAGGAGACGCGGGAGCAGCGCCACCUCAUAUCAGAAGCCACAGUGCACUGACACCCAUCAGAAGAGGUCGCCGAAUGUUGUCACAUCAAAUGCUCCUGACAGUUUUGUGAUCCCAGCAUCAUUAAAAGUUGAUCAUGAUGACUGCAAGUAUGUUGGGGAUCCUUCCAUCUUCAGUUCUUCAGUUGUGCCUUCUCUAACUAACAUGGUUAUGUGUAGGUGACUCCUUGAUCCAUUUCUUAGUUUCUGGGUUCUCUACUCUCACUCCUUUGCCUUCAAGUAUGUACUUAUUUAGCCCCUAAACCUUAAUGCAUCUUUUCGAUGCCCUGUCUUGUCCAGAUCUUCAUCCAGGAUCUCUUUUCUUCGUCAAUUUCCUUUGUUAACAUAGAAAUUUAUCUUAGGUUAGUCUUUUUCUUCCCCAACCUUUCAUUAGUUUUGUGGUUUAUGGCAUCGAAGCCAAGGAGGCAAGGAUGAUGCCAUACAAGUUUUGGCAUAGGAAAAAGUGUAACGUAGUGGAAUAACCGAGGAUGGCUUUGACUUGUAGGAUAAGAUAGUGUUUUUUUUUUCUUUUUUUUCAUAUGGGAAUGAUCCAAUGUAAUUUGUGUUAACCUUCUCCUAUAAGAAUAGCAUAGCAGUUUGCUUGUUCUUUUAUA